UCCUUACUCCUAGCCUGUGGUUUCAAGAUUCGAGGGGCAGUAGCAUGUCUGCCAUUGUGUAGCCGCGUACUGUACCUUCUAACCUGGCUGUGUUUAGUGCAAAAUUGAGUCAGGAGUGCUGCUCUGCACACUAGUCGUUUGUUUACAGCGGCUCGUGAGCAGCUCGUGGGAUAUUGCUACAGUGUAAAAGAGCUCUUUCGCUUUCAUAAUGACCAGCGACGUGGUCGAAAGAUUAAUUUGCUUUUGUCGAUACCUGCAAGAUCCUUGCCAUGUCGCACAAUUCCAGCAACUUUGUGGCGUCCGAGGGACAUUUACGAUCAAAUCAGCCGAGAGUGAGACGAAGCAUUCGGUCAAUGGUGCGUGCUCGGGUCAGUGUCAGGGAGACUGCGCUGCUGAUGAGACUAAAACACAGGGACUUCCGGGCCAAAGGCUGAGGAAAAGUUUAAAUGAUGGGAAUGUUAAGCAGGACGAAUGUUUAGGAGAUCUGAAUGGACCCAGGAUAUUUGAGUCGGACAGGACAGAGGUGGCUGACGGGAGCGAGAAGGGCUCCAGAGACCGAGUGAAGCCCUUGCGCAGGAACUCAUUGACAGGCGAUGUUGGGCAAGAGUUCAUCAUCGAGAACAAGUUUCUCUUCUAUCUCUUCACCAUCGGUACCGAGCUGGGCAAUGAGAUGUUCUUCAUAGUGUUUUUCCCCUUCUUGAUGUGGAACGUUGAUCCCUAUGUCAGCCGGCAGCUCAUCGUGGUGUGGGCCUGGGUGCUGUUCCUCGGCCAGUCCACGAAAGAUCUGGUCCGAUGGACACGUCCUGCCUCUCCUCCCGUGGUUAAAGUGGAGGUGUUCUACAACACAGAGUACAGCAUGCCAUCCACACACGCCAUGACCGGAACCGCGAUGCCCUUCUCUCUGUUCAUGCUCACAUGCAGCCGUUGGGAGUACCCGUUCAUGUUUGGACUGAGUGUAGCUCUGUGCUGGAGUGUCCUUGUGUGCAUCAGCAGAAUUUAUAUGGGCAUGCACUCUGUCUUGGAGGUGAUCAUGGGCUUCCUCUACAGCAUACUCAUCCUGGCAGUCAUUCAACCCAUGCUGGAUGACAUCGACACGUUCUACCUGACCCACAGCUAUGCCCCCUUGGUAGUUCUCCUUGUGCAUGUUGGCUUCAGUUUGGUGGCAUUCUCCCUGGAUUCAUGGAGCACUUCCCGUGGUGACACUGCCCAGGCAUUGGCCACAGCUGCUGGAACUGCUCUGGCAUCCCGUCUGGCCCACCAGCUGGUCCUGCAGACAGAUCCUCCUGAAGAAGCUCUACCGCUCGCCCUACCCCUGAUCGACGGAGCCUUAUUGGGGCGCUCAAUCAUGCGACUCCUGGUGGGAGUGGCCGUGCUUCUGGCUGUUAGGGCUGCCAUGAAGGUGGUGGCGAUCCCAUUGGCCUGCAAGCUCUUUGGUGUGCCCUCGGACGAUGUGCGGAAGGCCAGACAACAUGCACAAGUGGAAAUUUCCUAUCGGUUUAUAGUCUAUGGCCCCGUGGCCUACAGCUGUGUUUUCCUGGUGCCGCUUCUGUUUGGCUUCCUUGGCUUAUCAUAAACUUGCUGUAUCCCUCUCUUCAUCUCUGUUAUCCACUAUUAUAUGGUUUUUAGACAUACUCCCAGAACACUGUUAACUCGUACAUGGCCUGGAUUAAUCAAGGUUUAAGGAAAAACUGAACUUGGAAAAGCAAUGUAUGAUGCUUUGAUUUUUAAAAUGUACUGUUUUUUUUGUUUUGUUUUUUUUGUUGUUUUGUUUACAGAUUUGAGAAUUUUUGUUUAGCAUGAGAUCAGACUUGAGGGCAUUACUGAUGGAUUGUUCAAUAGAGGACAAUAUGUCUGCCUCUGAAAUGUUCAAAGCAAGCUCCUCUCUCUUGAAUAGUGAUUCAUAGUUUCUCGUGAAGGCCUUGAAUGUUUUCUCAUGUGUAUCCUGCAUUUGUCUUUCACUGGUUUCCCCUCAGCAGACCGACACUCACCCAUCCUGCACCAUGGGUGGAGUAGAGCCAAAAGACUAUUGCGUUGUGUGACGCAACCAAGUUUAUGCUACUAUCCAGUCAUAGAGGGCAGAGCAAUACCUUAUCUAUAUCUCAGCCGAUAUCCAUUUAUUGCUCUCUGAAACCCCAGCGCCUUGAGUUUUUAAUGGCAAUAUUAUCCUGUUUUGUAGAUUUACUGGUGCAUCAUUAAAAAAGGAAUCACUGGUGCAUUAAAAAAUGUAUUGUGCAUUAAGUACAUUUGAUUAAUUGUGUACAAUAAAACAUUUGAUUUAACUGCAUAUAGAAAAUAUGUGAUCAAAAUUACCCUCAGCAGACUGAGGCCCACCCAUCCUGCACCCUUGUGCUUUUGCUCCCUCAAAAAUUUGCUGGAUUGUCUCUUGCAAAAUAGUCUUUGUCUCUAUUUCACCAGUGCUGUCUGCAGUUCUUUCUGUCUGUUUCCAUCCUGGGAAGCAAACUAACCCAGGUUAAAGUUUUUGUGCAGUAAUGCAUUGAAAGAAUGAUGGGAGGGGACCUUCCUGACAGUAUAAAUGCUGAAUACUUGAACUUCCUUUUGGAUGUUGCAUUUUAACCCCUUGGAGAGGACUGCUUUGAAUCUUGCAGCAUCAAAACCACCAAAUGAAUCUGACAGUUUUAAGUAUGAAAGUGUCUGAUUAAAGAGAAAUGAUCGUGACUACACUUUUGGAAUGUUUCCUAUAGUGUUCCUCGCUUUGCUUCCAGUUCUACUUACCGCUUGGCUAAAGAAAGUCAUAAAACCUCAGUUUAUUAAACUGAGCUUUAACAUGUAGAUGUUCUGGGUGUGUUUCCGUUUGUUCACUGCAAAAAGAGGGAUGCAUUGAAAUCAGUGUGGCUUUAUUUAAUGGGCCAGGGAAACCUUUACUGAACUUGCUUGCUUGGUCUUAUUGACUGAACUCACUGCAGUUUAAAAAAAUAUUAUGGCAUAAUAACAUGGCCAAAGUAAAGAAACACACACACACACACAAAAACCCACGUAUGUUCAGAUUCCAAGAAAUUGUCAGUAUUAUCUAGGUAGAUAUGUUGUCUGUCAUUGAAGUAAUACUAUGUACUUGCAGUCUAUUUUAUUGAUGUUUGUAGUUUCACAAGGAAGCUACCUAGUCUUUUGCUCCACCACUAAGUGUGAGCUACUGACCAGUCAUGGAGGGCAGGGCACUUCCUAAUUGCUGCCGAUAUCCAUUCAUUGCUCACUUCUCAGAAACCCCAGUGCCUUGAGACCUUUCUUUUCAGGGCAAUUUUGUCCUCCAACUAGGCACAAGACACCCCAGCUAUCUUGUUUGUGAUGGUCCAUAAUGUUACUGUAAUUUGCAAAGUGUAGUUGUUAAUGCAAUUGGAUGCUGUUAUUUUAUUUUUUUCUUUCUUAUGGCAUGUUACCAGAUUUGUGUUUGUUUUAUGUACUUCAUGUGGAAGUUUUUAUGCAGGACUUUUAUUUUGUUUCGGGUUUCUGGAACCAUAUUAUGAUGGGACAGAUAUGUUUGAAAUUAUUUACUGAUUCAGUUGUGAUGUUUUAAGGUUUCCCAGCAGGAAUUGCAGUGUGAAUGGUGCUUGUACACCUUGCCUGUACUGAGCUUUAAGCUGUUCAUGGUCAUUUUAACUUACAAUGGGUAAUCUAACUGUAAUCAAUUGCUACUUGUCUGCAGUGUAUGAAAAUUAAUAUAAAAACUUUUGUCAUUUUUCUUUUCUCAUUAUUGACGGUAGUAA